UAGAAAUUCGAUUUGGAUGACGGUAAUUGUAAACGUCUUGUCUGUCUGUUUGUUAUGCUUUGCUAUACUUACGAGUUCCGCACCGCUAUGUAAAAAAAGUGGGGAUUUUUCAAAUUUUCUUCCCGUGUUGUAUCCCAAACAAUUUUAUAUCUCACCAUAUGUGUGUUUUCACAUAUUUAAUCGCUUUGUUUAUCAAAGUGUUGGAUCUUAUUUAAGAUAUAUCAAAUUUAUUUUUACAUAAAAAUUUGUAUUAGAAAUCAGUUUAAGUAUUAUUAGGUUUCGUUCGAAGAGUAAUCAAGGGGCAGCAUCGAUAAUGAAUAAAGGGUCGGUGGUUCCUGGCAAUGCGUAGAAGGACUUUUGUCUUUAUUGUGACUUUGGCCUUGCUUUCAUGGGCAGCUUUUACCUAUCGUUUGUUUUUACAGAGGCCUCAGGGAAAGGCUCAACGCUCAAUAAAGUUUCAACAACAGCUUGAAUUAUUGGAAGUUGAGUUAAAAAAUCAGUUAAACUCAAAUAAUGAACUGUUGGGACUUCUUCAGAAUUUUAGAUCAAAAUAUUCAAGCAGUAUCGAAAUUCUGAAAAACUCAACUCAGGAUUCACCUAGUGGAUCUGAUUUCAGCAAUGUAGUUAUUGGAGUGUUGGUCUUUGCUUGCAAUCGAGUAACUGUGAAAAGAAAUUUAGAUCAACUUUUAAAAUUUAGGCCAUCUGCUCAGCAGUUCCCUAUUAUAGUGAGUCAAGAUUGCGGUCAUGAGCCAACAACAAAAGUUAUACUUUCAUAUGGUGACCAGCUUACCCUUAUUCAACAUCCUGACCAGAGUGACAUUCCACUGUCAGGUAAAGAGAAGAAAUUUAAAGGAUAUUAUAAGAUAGCACGACAUUAUGGAUGGGCUCUAAAUGAAACUUUCUUCCGAUUCAAUUUUAAAUCUGUAAUUAUAGUAGAAGACGAUUUAGAUAUUGCUCCUGAUUUUUUUGAAUAUUUUCUGGCGACUCACCCAAUUUUAAAUAGUGAUCCUACCCUGUGGUGUGUCUCUGCUUGGAAUGACAAUGGAAAAGACAGUUUAGUUGCUUUUGAACCAGAAUUACUGUACAGAUCAGACUUUUUCCCAGGAUUAGGCUGGAUGUUGACAAAAUCACUUUGGACAGAAUUGGCACCUAAGUGGCCAAAAGCAUUUUGGGAUGACUGGAUUCGACAGCCUGCCCAAAGAAGAGAUAGAGCUUGUAUCCGCCCAGAAAUUUCUCGUACUAAAACCUUUGGCAAAGUGGGUGUUAGCAAUGGCCUUUUUUAUGAGAAGCACCUCAAAUUCAUCAGAUUAAAUGAUAAAGCUGUGCCUUUUACUAAACUAGAUCUCUCGUAUUUAAAAAAAGACAACUAUGAUGUGGCUUUUGUAAAACAAGUCUAUGGUGCCCCAUCAGUUAUCCUGAGCCAGUUGCAGCGUGGAAAUAUUGAUCACUCUGAGCCUGUUCGGAUUACUUAUGAAAAUAAAGAUGUCUUCAAAAAGACUGCCAAAGCAUUGGGCCUUAUGGAUGAUUUUAAGUCUGGUGUUCCUCGGACUGGUUACCGAGGAGUUGUGAGUUUCAUGUAUAAAGGAAGAAGAGUCUAUCUUGCACCUCCUGCAGACUGGAAAGGUUAUGACCCCACCUGGAGCUAGCACUGCCCCACCACCAUAAAGCAAUCUCAUAUCAUUCAGUGAAUAUCCGUAGAAAAAAAAAAUGCUCAGAAAUACUCCUUCUGCAUUAGAACAAGGAUUUUUGAGCAACAGGCUUGAAAUUCAAGACAAGAAAUACUUUUGGUAAAACAUUCCUCUAACUUGGAGUGGCUUUGAUUGCAAUCAUCAAUAAACUUCAUGAUCACUUUGUCACAGUUUUAUAUCUUACAGAAGCUGUUACUAUAUUUAAAACAAAAAGAAAAACAAAAACAAAAAAGGACUUGGAAGAUUUUGAAUAAGGAAUGAGAAUAGGAAAGCUCUCUACAUAUCGGUUGAUGAAUUAAGGAAGAAUCUCUGUGUUUACACUGCUAAAUAUUUUUAAU